AUGGAAGGGCAACAUAACCAUCCACACCAUCGAGGGGACCAGAACAACCCUCUCUGCAAGCUGCCGGGGCAGGAGUACCAGCAUGAUCCUCAGAGACAUUUAACGUCGUAUCCGUACCGCUGCACGUUGGCAGAUUUUCAGAUAGAGAAAAAGAUUGGGCGAGGGCAGUUCAGCGAAGUUUACAGAGCAACUUGUCUUCUGGACAGAAAACCUGUGGCAUUAAAGAAAGUUCAGAUUUUUGAAAUGAUGGAUGCCAAGGCUAGGCAAGAUUGCAUUAAAGAGAUUGACCUCUUGAAGCAACUGAACCACCCCAAUAUAAUCAAGUAUUUGGAUUCUUUUAUUGAAGACAAUGAACUCAACAUUGUCCUGGAACUGGCUGACGCUGGUGACCUCUCUCAGAUGAUUAAGUAUUUUAAAAAGCAGAAACGGUUAAUCCCGGAAAGGACGGUGUGGAAAUAUUUUGUGCAGUUAUGCAGUGCAGUCGAACACAUGCACUCCCGCAGGGUGAUGCACAGAGACAUAAAACCAGCCAACGUGUUUAUAACAGCCACAGGGGUGGUGAAGCUGGGAGAUCUUGGAUUAGGACGAUUUUUUAGUUCUAAAACCACUGCAGCACAUUCCUUAGUGGGAACUCCAUACUAUAUGUCCCCAGAAAGAAUACAUGAAAAUGGCUAUAACUUUAAGUCUGAUAUCUGGUCUUUGGGCUGUUUACUGUAUGAGAUGGCAGCUCUUCAGAGCCCUUUCUACGGGGAUAAAAUGAACCUGUUUUCUCUUUGCCAAAAAAUAGAGCAAUGUGACUACCCGCCUCUUCCAGCUGAACAUUAUUCUGAAAAGCUGCGGGAGCUGGUGGGCAUGUGCAUAUACCCCGACCCAGAUCAAAGACCUGACAUUGGUUACGUGCACCAAAUAGCGAAACAAAUGCAUGUGUGGACCUCCAGCACCUGACCCGGCGGCGAAGGCGCUGCAGAAGCCGGCACAGCUCAGUCUUACUUGAAUUCAGUUUUUUCUCAGAUGAAACCGACUGGUGCCCAGUCAGUCACACGAGCGAGAGGGUUGAGCACUCGUAGCAAGAUGCUCCAUUAUUUCUGCAGGUUAUCUGACAAGGACUCUUAGAAGGUGGUCAUGCUUUAACGUGAAGAUUCUGUGAGGUAUUGCAAGUGAUUUUUUUUUUUUUAUUUUAUUUUAUUUUUCCCUUUUAAGGCCAAUAACAUGUUACAGAUGUAGAUCAUUUAGGGGUCCUUUCCUAAAACUGUCGUGUGUAAUCUAGGAUAGAUGAUAUUAACAGGGGUGUCAGAUCAUUUGACACCCCCUCUCUCUAUCUUAACUGUAAUGUGAAAUAUUGAAAUAAUUCCUUCAGUGAAAUCACUUUAUACUAAUGUAAGAAU